AUGAGCUGGAAAGGCUUCCAGAAAAGCGUCGUCAGGGCGCCCCAGACUGUGAAGCAGCGCUUCAACGUUGGCGAGAUCACGAAAGAUGCGGUCUACAUCGAUGCGGAAAGACGCUUUCAGGAGCUAGAAACGGAAACGAAGAAACUACACGAAGAGUCACAAAAGUAUUUCGAAGCCAUCAAUGGCAUGCUCACGCAUCAGAUCGAGUUCUCGAAGGCAUGCGCCGAAAUAUACAAGCCCAUCUCCGGGCGAGUCUCGGAUCCGGAUUCUUUUAUCGACGAGGGAAACCCCGAAGGAAUCCGUGCUUGCGAGGAGUACGAGGCCAUCGUGCGCGAUCUGCAAGCGACACUACAACCGGAACUGGAGAUGAUAGAGAGCCGAGUGAUCAAGCCGGCAGACGAGCUGCUCGAAAUCAUCAAAGUCGUGCGAAAAACGGCGCUCAAGCGAGAACACAAGCAGCUUGACUACGAUCGACACAGAUUAGCGCUAAAGAAGCUGCAGGAUAAGAAAGACAAGACGCUCAAGGAUGAGAAGGCAUUAUACAAGGCCGAGAACGACGUCGAGCAAGCGACGCAGGAGUACAACUACUUCAACGACCUCCUCAAAGACGAGCUACCGAAGCUCUUCGCCCUCGAACGCGAGUUCAUCCGGCCGCUAUUCCAGUCCUUCUACUACAUGCAGCUUAACGUCUUCUACACCCUCCACGAGAAGAUGCAAAGCAUAGACAUCGGCUACUUUGAUCUUACUCUUGACAUCGAGGCCGCAUUCGAGGCCAAGAGAGGGAAUAUCCAGGAGCAGGUCGAGGCGCUCACUAUCACGCACUUCAAAACCACAGGAGGUGUGAGAAAAGGAGUGUCGAAAUAUGCGCCCAAGGCUAUCACAGGUGGUCCCGCGCAAAAAGCAAUAACCGCCGGUCCGUCGGCUCGCCGGUCUACCGUUGGAUCAGACGAUGCGCCGCCACCGUACAGUCCAGGCGGUACUCACGCUGGCCCGUCACACGCCGGUCUCCUCACGCCGGCAUCAGGGGUCAGCCGGGCAAACAGCACUGGCAGCUCAUGGGGUGCUGCAGCGAAAGCAAAGGGUGCAGCUCCGCCGCCGCCGAAACCGAAACCGUCGAGGUUGAGUGGAGUGCCGGCGCCUGAGACUGUGACCGCGCUCUACGACUACGAGGCGCAAGCGGAAGGGGAUCUCAGCUUUACCACAGGUGAUGUCAUAGAGAUAAUCCAAAGGACACAGAACGAGAACGAGUGGUGGACCGGAAGGGUAAACGGACGGCAAGGGCAAUUCCCAGGAAACUACGUUCGGCUGAAUUCAUAA